UGAAACGCGAGGAUGAGUUGAUUAUGUUUGUCAGGGUCAUACAAUGUAUAAAGCCAGGCCAGGUGCCACGUUCCCAGUGCCUUUUUCUUAUCCAAGCCAUUCAUUCCUUUCUUUCUUUUCUAAUCUUCUCCCUCCUUUCCUCCGUUCAGGAUGUCAUUCAUUCAACUCGUUCACUUCUUCGGUCUUUUGACCUUGGCUGCUGGCAAGCCGAUUCUUAUUCCGAGGCAGGCUUCGGGAGCGCCGCAGGGCGGUGCUAGCAACCUGAUUGAUGUUCAGCUACAGUCACUCGGAAACUCGACCAUCAAGGCUUUUAUCACUAAUAUUGCCGAUGAGAAUCUCCGCGUCGUCAAGAGGGGUGGUCUCCUCGACAACGAACUUCCUACUAAGAAAGUGGUUGUAUCUGGAUCGGGGGCCGACCCAACUUUCACUGGUGCCGAAGUAGACUACGUCAACACACAUUUGAAUGAUGACGCCUUCUUGGAGCUCGCCCCUAAGCAAACAAUCGAGUCCACCUUCGACAUCGCCGAUUCCCACAACCUGUCUCCCGGAGAGAAGUACUCCGCCAUCGCGGACGGCAUGCUCGAAUACACGAGGUUGGACAACACCAAGAAAUUCUUCGUCGUACCUUACACAUCCAACGCCAUCGAAUUCGAUGCUCCUGAGGACUCUGCCAACCGCCUUACGACCCGUGCCACCCUCGAAGCCUGUAGUGGCGAAUACAACCAGCUCAUGCAGGAUAACCUUGCGCAGGCCGCCAAGAUGGCUGAGGCCGCCGCUGCGGAUGCUCGUGACGGCAGCAGUGGAUUGUUCCAGAAAUUCUUCAAGUCCCAAGAUGAGGCUGAUAAGAAGGAGGUUGCGGAGCGCUUGGAGGCCAUUGCUAAGGAAGCAACAUCGAAGGGCACAUUGACCUACUACUGUCAGCCAUCGGCACAGGAUUCCUGCGGCGGCAACAUUGCGGCCAUUACGUACCCAACACUAAACCGUGUUGUCAACUGCCAAGCAUACUAUGAGACACAGCAGGUGGUGAACGAGUGUGGAUAUCUGGAUCAAGCAGCUAUCUCGCUCCAUGAGUUCUCGCAUGCUACUAGCGUUUAUGCGCCUGGCACUGAUGAUGUUGUGUAUGGGCUUGAUGGUGUGCUCCAAUUGAGCACGGCGCAGGCCAAGAACAACGCUGAUUCAUUUGCUUACUAUGCAAACAGUGUUUUCAACAACUGCAGUGCUGAUGGUAACCAGAAUGGAAACUCUGGUACGCAAAUCGGUUCCUCGAACAGUAAUGGGGGUGGCCUGAGCAUCCCUUGGGGACAAGGAACUGGUCAAGGAUAUGAGCAGGGAGCUAGCCAGGGAGCUAGCCAGGGAGCCGGUCAGCAAACCGGUGCCCCAACUGGAAUGGAGAAUGGAGGAGGCUUUACCAUUCCCUGGGGCCAAGGAAUUGGCCAAGGAAACGAACAGGAGGUUAAUCAGGGAGCCGGUCAACAGACCAACCAAGGCGCUAGCACUGGUAUCGGUGGUAUGGCUCCCUGGGGACAGCAAGCUGGCGCCGCAGAAGGCACUACACAACCCAACUCCAAAUGGCCUGCUGGCUUCGACAACCUUCCCUGGUCCUUCAACAACCCCAACCAAGGUGCCCAGUCCAAUGAUGCUCAGUUUUCCAACGACUGGCAGCCAGUUUCAAAUGACUAUCAGGAAGUUUCGGCUUCUCCGUCUGGUGCCUUCCCUAACGAUAUCUUCGGGGCCCCUGAGAGCUCGCAGGGUUUUGAACUUGGUGAAGGAAGCGGUUGGUUCAAGCGGGAUCAGUAGGUCAAACGAUGCACUGUCUGUCCGAUGAGAUAUGGUGACGAAGCAUAUCAACUGUGUAUUCAUCUGGGUAGUAACUACUAGAAAGACAAUUACAAUGAAACAAGCAUAGGGCAAGCUGUCAUCGAAACGCAAAUUCUUGAGGUACAGAAAACGGCGAAGCAGAAAACAGCAACCGAGCUAGUGCAAGGCGAACCGCCAUCAGAGUUGAGUUUCCAGAGAAACAGAAAACGGCCAAACAAAAAAACACUAUUUCUCAGAUUCCAUUGUAGAGUUGGCUUCCAGCGAGCAUAAAGUCUCCUUUGUGAGUAUCCUUCGGGUCCACGUGCUCUGCUUUGAUGUGGCGCGCGGUCAACGCAAAGC